AUGAAAUAUAAGAAUGGUUUUGACUACUCUUCACUGAUUAGCAUUGCUGGUUCAAUUCUAGCAGUUGUACUAUUUUUAAGAAUACUGGUGUCUGUGGGGGUCGGGAGUGGUGUUCGAUGGGGCGCGGCGGGGGCGCUGCCGUUUUUGAAGCCUUUUGCGCCCAAGUUCAAAGGUGUUCCGGACGUGGAGUUCUACGACUUGCGAAACUACCAGGGCGACAAAGACGGGUGGCAGAGACAGAAUCGGAUUUUGUUUUGCGUGCCACUGAGAGAUGCUUCGGAGCAUCUACCGCGCUUUUUCAAGCAUCUGUCCCAAAUGACGUACCCACACAACCUGAUUGAUCUUUCGUUCCUUGUCAGUGACUCUUCUGAUGAUACUAUGGAGGUCUUGUUGACGAAUUUGCACAACCUACAGUCGCACAAGGACAAGUUCAAACGAUUUGGUAAUAUUGAGAUUUUCGAAAAGGACUUUGGUCAAGCUAUCGGCCAGUCAUUUUCUGAUAGACAUGGAUUUGAGGCUCAAGGGCCAAGAAGAAAACUAAUGGCAAGAGCGCGAAACUGGCUUGGCUCAGUGGCUUUGAAGCCUUAUCAUUCCUGGGUCUACUGGAGAGAUGUUGAUGUUGAGCUGGCGCCCGAAUCAAUCAUGGAAGAUCUAAUGCAUCACGAUAAAGAUGUCAUCGUUCCAAACGUCUGGAGGCCAUUGCCGGAUUGGCUCGGUAACAUUCAACCGUACGAUUUGAACUCAUGGAAGGAAAGUGAAGCGGGUAUUCAGCUGGCGAGCUCUUUGAACGAUGAUGCUGUCAUCGUUGAAGGGUACCCCGAAUAUGCUACCUGGAGAACUCAUCUUGCAUAUAUGAGAGACCCAGGUGGCAAUCCGGAAGAUGAAAUGGAGCUAGAUGGAAUCGGUGGUGUGUCGAUCUUGGCAAAGGCAAAAGUUUUCAGGACAGGCUCGCAUUUUCCUGCCUUUUCUUUUGAAAAGCAUGCGGAAACUGAGGCGUUCGGUAAACUGUCAAGAAGAAUGAAUUAUAACGUUGUUGGCCUUCCUCAUUAUGUGAUUUGGCAUAUUUACGAACCAUCAACAGAGGAUUUAAAACAUAUGGCGUGGAUGGCAGAAGAGGAAAGGCGUAAAUUGGAAGAGAAGAGACUAAGGGAAUUCUACGACUUGAUUUGGGAAACGGGCUUCGAAGAUAUAAGGAUGGAUUGGUCAAACGAAAGGCAAGCAAUUCUGAAAAAUUUGGAUCACGAUGCUGCAAGUGAUAGGAGGAUCGAAGUUGAUUGGUCAGACCCUGAUGCCGCAACGAAUGAAGACGGUGAUACACAAGAUGGUGAAAAUAAAGAUGAUUCAAGUACACCAGAAGAGAUUCCAUUGGAUUUCGAUCCCGACAAUUAA